AUGCAGCACCACGAGAGUAUCAUGGAAAAUGCUCAUACUUUCCCCAACGGGCAUUUCUCAGAUGCAGUAAUAAAGUCCGAGAACCCCAAUGAUACGGGUUUCUCACACGGUGCCUACAAUAUGAAUCAAAGAGCCAGUGGUUACUCCCAGCGACACCCACGUCGCAACAACAUGUCGAUAAAUACAGCAGCCCAAUUCCACCCAAAUCGCCAAAAUCAAAACGACCAGACUGCCCCUGGGACGGCGUUUGAUAUGAAUUUCACUCCCCUCCUACCAUCUCAACUUCUGCUUGGAAGUCCUUUUCAGCCGGGUACGCCGCAGUAUAAUAACUUCGGAAACUUUCAGCAACAGAACGCUGUAGCACAUCAGCAAAACCAACAGCCGCAGAUAGGAAGCCCUGUGACUUCUCAGCAAUCUACUUUUCAGGGUCAAGUCUACCCAAACAUGAACUAUGGCAACCAACAGUAUGUCAAUAGCCCACAGUCACCGACGGGUAGCUUCGGCAACGUUGGAAAUCAAACAUUCAAUGGUAAUCAACAGAUGCAAAUGGCACCGACAAUGGGUAGCGCUAGCAGCCGAACGGUCUACCUAGGCAAUAUACCACCCGAGACGUCAGCCGAAGAAAUACUUGGCCAUGUACGUAGCGGGCAAAUCGAGUCUGUGAGGCUCCUUCCAGACAAGAAUUGUGCCUUCAUCUCUUUUCUCGAUGGAAGCUCUGCAACUCAUUUUCACUCCGACGCCAUAUUGAAGAAACUUGCGAUCAGGAGCCAGGACAUCAAAGUUGGUUGGGGAAAGCCUUCCCAAGUCCCGACGUCUGUUCAGGUGGCGGUUCAGCAAUCUGGAGCAUCAAGGAAUGUAUAUCUUGGGAAUCUCCCAGAGACUGUCACAGAAGCCGAAUUGCGCGAAGAUCUGGGGAAGUUCGGGCCCAUUGAUACCGUCAAAACUGUCAGGGACAAAGCGAUUGGGUUUGUUCAUUUUCUUUCCAUCAGCAACGCCGUAAAAGCGGUUUCACAGCUGCCUCAGGAGCCAAAGUGGCAAGCACCACGACGAGUAUAUUACGGGAAAGACCGUUGUGCGUACGUAUCGAAGACACAACAGCAGAAUGCAGCUCAGUAUCUUGGCAUCGCUCCCGGCUACGCGCACAUGCUGAACAAUGCGGACCGAGACCUCAUAUCCAAUGCGUUGGCGCAGCAGUCUGUCGCAGCAGCCGCCGUUGCGACUCAAUCGGCUGGUGUGAAUAACUUGGGCAACAGGACCGUUUAUCUGGGCAAUAUACACCCCGAGACAACAAUCGAAGAGAUCUGCAAUGUGGUUCGCGGGGGGCUUUUGCACCACAUUCGCUACAUUCCUGACAAGCAUAUAUGCUUUGUGACCUUCAUCGAUCCAACAUCAGCAGCGUCCUUCUUCGCGCUCAGCAGCGUGCAGGGUUUGAUGAUCCACAAUAGGAGGCUCAAGAUCGGAUGGGGUAAACACUCUGGUGCACUUCCGCCGGCCAUUGCACUUGCUGUUAGCGGUGGGGCUUCCAGGAAUGUGUACAUUGGAAAUCUCGAUGAAUCAUGGGGGGAGGAACGUCUCAGGCAAGACUUCUCAGAGUAUGGAGAAAUCGAGCUUGUCAACGCUUUGAGAGAAAAAAGCUGUGCCUUCGUAAAUUUUACCAAUAUCGCCAAUGCAAUUAAGGCGAUUGAGGCCAUUCGGAGCCGAGAAGAGUAUUCUCGAUUCAAGGUCAAUUUCGGUAAAGACCGUUGUGGGAAUGCUCCCAGGCAGCCAAACCAGACUCAACACAUUCACCAUCAGCAUCAAUCCAUUCAUGGGAGAGAGAAUCUUGGCUCACCGACGCCGAUGAACGGUAUGUAUCCAGCCAUAAGCCACGGGGGCUCGUCGGUGAGCCCAACCCGAGCGGCACUAUCACCAGCUCCAGGCUCAUCCGCUUCGAAUUCACAAGCUGGUGUUCAUCACCAUCAGCAAUCGCAUCAUGGUCACACUCCCUCAACUGUGUUGAAUGCGGGAGGCAAUAAUCCUCUUGCUCUAUAUCUCAAUCAAGUUUCGAUCCAAGAACAUAGCGCAGAAUCCCAACAAUCUGCUGAUCAGUAUAUGGAUGGUCCAUUACAACCUCAACAGCAGCAGAACCAGCAACAGUCGUUGCUUACAACCCAGCAGGGGUCUGUGUACGGCCAUUCGAAUCCUAAUGACCAAUUCUUCAGUGGCGGCUUGAAUUUGCCCCCUGGUCAACAUAGUAGUGGCCACGGCAGUAGCUUCAGUCAAGGCAUCAACAAUUACAACAUGCCUAACAACUCUGGUUCGAGCACAGUAGGUGGGCUGUUGGCUCCGCGAAAUCAACAUGCUCGCGCCGUAUCACUUCCAGCAUUUUCGCAGGAGAAUCUCCCAAAUGGAAGUAUCCAAAGCAGCCAGCAAAAUCAUUCACAGCAACCGUUCAGCCACCGCCAACAACAAGCCAGUAUGAGUGGCUUUGGCGGCCUCGGGGGUGGCGCCAACUGGGGUCUCAAUGGCUGGGCAGAGGAAAGCGCGGGCGCAAGAUAG